AUGGGAGCGACGGCUAAUAAUAUGCGUAGCUUGCACAGCCUCUUGUUUUGGAAAGAAAACCAAUCAAGGAAAUAUAUAUUUACCGAGUUGUACUCAGGGUACCAAGUGAGACACCGCAAACUUGUAGCCCCAGCUGAUGAUACGGAUUUGACUUCAGGUGGUGAGGAAUUGCGGAUCUGGACGUUGCAGGGUUCGUUUUCUUUUCCUUCAGCUGCCCAGACCUUCGUUCGCUUGACGUUCUGGGAAAAGGUUUCGUUGAGGCACCCAAUCAAAGAGCCCCUUACGGGUUUAUAUAAUGCGAGCUCUCCAUUCCGUGGCCAGAAUACAAGAAGACUGUUAGCAAUUCACCAUAACGCGAAUAGAUUGCCUCCUACUGAGAGGAUGGGAAACGCAAAUUCAAGACCAUCAAUUCCACCUAAUCUGCCCAACUCUGGCAUCUCUCCACACUUCAUCGCAGAAGGCCCUUCUGCGCCUGUAGUAGCCGCUAUAUUUACCGCGUUGGAACAUCGCCAUUACAACCGCUACAUUGCGGCAGAACAAACUCUCAGCCAUGCCUUCAGCCAAGCGGCAACGCCACGCGACUACGUUAGCCUGCUUGUGGAACAGAGCAUUUUAUAUAUGCAUAUGGGCGUCGCAGGAGGGCCUCCAAACCUGAGGAAGCUCGCUGAAAAAGUAUCGAGCCUACCUCCAGGGAUCCUGCCGCCCAUAGAACUUCUCCCGAAGCAAGACGAGGCAAGAGAGACUUGGGACAUCGACUCGAUGGAUUUACGCUGCGUCACUGAGGUCGAGCGUGAUCUAGUAGGCCUACUAGCAUGCACGAAGAAUCGUUUGGGUAAAAAAGAGGCCUGGCAAGCCUUGCUCGUGGGUUGCCAUCGCAAAUACUCUGGGUACACCAACACUCAAUAUAAUAUGAGCGAGAAUGAGGUCUACAUCCACGAGGUUUACCACAAAUACGCGCUUGCUCCCGACGGCGACACUGGAUUCAAAGCCCGCCAGCAAGCUCAACUCUUUGCACUUCUGAGUAGACUUGUUGCCAAGAAUCGCUACGACCAAGCCAUCUCUCUCAUGCAGUCUAUCGACUCAUCCGGCCAUAAGCGUUUAGUGCAUAAGUACUUCAGUUUUAAGAUGCCAUCUGGGCAAUGUUCAGAUGUUCAAUUUCGCCCGCUUUACAAGCAGAUACUCGCUAGUCCCUCGGUCACAAAACACCAGUUCUUAAGUGUAUACGCCUACAUUAGAAUACACUCUCAGGACUUUUCCAAGAUCCUAGACCCUACAGGAUUCGACCAGCUAUGUACCGAAUGCGGUGAUCCCUUUGAACCACUCCGCCGCCAAUUAGGAAACGACGUUUGCCAACCGCACAUGCAGCUCUCGCGGCUCCUCGCCAUGAAAGAUCGCUGUAUGGAGCUAGUGCUCCAGCACCGCUACCUCCUCGCUAGCUUCUGGCUCAAAGACUGCGCAAAUAUGGCCAUCGAAUCGCGCGAGAUGCUAGUAUUCACCGACAUAGCACUCGAACUCGGUCGCGUGUACCGCGCCAUGGGCGAGCCACUCGACCAUCUGUUCCUCUUCUUCAAGGGGGCCUUACCGAAGAUGAAAAUAGUGAGGGAUUUGGAGCAGUGGGAUCGCGCCGUCUGGUUAGCGUUCGAUCUGUUUGGCAACCGGAAGGAUGACUUCUGGGCUAUCGCUAGCAGGGCGCAUGUCCAGUUCUUGCGCAUCGAGGCCUUCGAUAUCAAGAAAGAAGCGCUACCCGAAACCCCUUGGGACGAUUUCAUCAAAAUUUCCACGGCCUUGCUGGACGAUGGUCUUUCGAAAGAAGAGGCAGCAACUCUAAUCGUGUCACAGCUGGCGACUCGAGUCAUGCAAUUGAAGCUGUCGUUGCUGGAAGAAGACGGCGCGGCAGCAGCGCAGCAAGGGAAGAUGGCGAUUCCGCAGAAUUUCUGCUUGAAUAUGGAAUCAUUUGCGGAGCGGUGGUGCAAGGCUGAUGAAGCAAAUGGUCACUUUCGGGAGGCGUUUCUGAAGGCGAUGUGUUUAUGUUACUUGCCGUUGCAGAACAUUGACGCGGCAUUUGCGCCAGAAUAUGCGGCAGUGACCGGCGAAAAGAUUGCUAUUAGAUGCUACCAAAAUUUCAUGAGUAGUAACGACACGGUUGAGGGUCAUCAGCUGAGCUUAAAGCUGAAUGAGUGGAGAAGGGUGUAUACAGAAAGUGGGAGGCGACCUCUUCAUCCGUAUCUCCUUGAGCUACCACGUAUGCAAACACCAAGUCACAUGUUCGGAACCCCUCACAUCAAGAUAUUAGCCCCUGCAACCGACAAGGUCGAGGAAUAUGGAACGGACAUGGGCGAAUAA